ACUCGAUGACGUCAGGACUUUCACCUAACAAUGGGGAUUUCCCCGUCAACAUUUUUGGAACGUGAAAUUUCGUAUAAAUGUAGCUUUAUAAACUAAUGUCAUUACUCCACGAGAUUAUAAUGUCUCAAAUCGAAGCACCAGAGAACUGGCCUGAUAACGUCACUUUAUACAAACCAAUUGAAGAGAGCCAAAUACUGUUGAAUGAAAAUGCAGCUUCUCUCACUGUACAAGUAUUUAUGCACAUGACUGAACUAAGAGUUAAGGUUAUCCAGAAACACAAUGCUGAGUUUAUGUCACCUUCAACUGGACUACCAGUUUUAUUUUGUGGAAAUCUAGUUUUAUCAGAACCAAGUCCAAUCAUUAAUUUUCUUAAGAAAAAGGCAAACAAUCUAAGUUCACACCUAAACGAUGUGGAAAUAACUGAAUUGAAAGCUUACAUUGAACUUGUAAAAAAUGUUCUUGUGCCAGCGGAACUAUUUAUAACCUGGGCUCAUGAAGAUACAAUUAAAAAGAUCACUUAUAAAAGGUAUGGAAGUCCUUAUAAGUGGCCGCUGAAACAUAUU